UCCUCUUGUGUGAAUAACCAAUACGAGGACCAACAAGCAAUAUGACAAUGUGAAAUCGAACUGCGACUUAUCCAUAUCUUGGCUGGGAGGAUACAACUCUUCUGUCGAAAGUAAGACUAAAUCAGUUAUGUAGUAUCAACGUCUGGAAUUCGGCUGUCUAUGACUGUUUUUUUCUGCAGGCAGGGGUACGGAAUGAUAUCAUCUGGUCACACUUUCCUGGUGAGACUGGGAAUACCGUGAGAGAGAACUCGUCUCCAGCAUGGGGUGUGCAUGAGUGGCCAGUGGCUUGUGUUGGGGUCCAGGCCCCUGGCGGCAUGCUGACGGCUGGUCGGUAUGACUCCGCUGGACCUGUGGCUGUCACGCUCCAUUCCCAUGUGCCUGCUCCUCCAGAGCCUGCUGCUCAUGGCCUUGUGCUUCCACUCGGCCAGCAUGUGCCCCAAGGGCUGCACCUGCAAACGUGCCGACCCCCUCCCCCAUGGACUCAACGUCACCUGCAGCCAGUCCCGGCUGAAAGAGAUCCCCCCAGACCUUCCCUCCGACACCGCCCACCUCAGACUUGACCACAACCAGAUCAGCGCCGUCCCCGACCGCGCCUUCCAGGGCCUCAGGCUGCUGCGGGAGCUCAACCUGUCCUACAAUGCCGUGGAAACCCUGGGGGAGGGCUCCUUUGGUGGCGUGGAGGCCACAUUACAGCUGCUGGAUCUCUCCCACAACCGCAUCACUAAUGUACACAAGGACGCUUUCGCCCGGCUCAAGGCUCGUGUUCUGGUGGACGAUAACCCCUGGCACUGUGACUGUGCACUCCAGCAGGCGCUGGGCGGCAUGGCCCACAACCACGAGGCUGCGGCCCGGGUCCUCUGUCGGAGCUCGGAGCUUCGUGACCAGGAGGGACGGCCCUUUCUGGCAGUGGACACGGAUCUCUGUAACCUGGCCAAGAGGACCACUGACUACGCCAUGCUGGUGACAAUGUUUGGCUGGUUUGCCAUGGUCAUUUCAUACGUGGUGUAUUAUGUUCGUCAAAACCAGGAAGACGCCCGCCGCCACCUUGAGUACCUCAAGUCUCUUCCCAGCAAGCCCAAGAAACCAGACGAGGCAGAAGACAUCAGCACAGUUGUGUGACAUCACGUAACAUGUGACUGCAUGACAAAUGAACCCUACAGAAAAGAUGUGACAGGACCCACAUUUCUAGUAAUGUUACCAACAGUCUUCUGUCAAACUGUGUUGUGUUUUGUCCCCACUGUGAUAUGAUAUGAUACAAAUGAAAUCGGGAUACUGGGCAGUACAAUAUUCUAAACAAAUAUUUAUAAAUCGUUGAGAUACUUUUUUGAUGACUUCAGAGAAAUACCCACUUUUAACAUUGACUUUAAUCUAAAGAAAAUUAAGUAACAAAUUAAGUAUUGAUUCACUUAAGAUAAUGGCAGGAAAUGUAUUAUCUACGUAUCAACGUUUCUAAAAUGUGCUAAACUCGGAUUUUGGAGUGCUUUAAAUGUUUUAUCUCAGGUUUGAACUUGUAUCUUUUUAAAAUCUUAAACAUUUUAGAAGUAUCAAAUUCUGGAAAAAAUAUACUAUCGGACAACAACUUUUGUAAGGCAUAACCUGCACACUUGUAGGUUACUGUGCACUUCCUCAUUAAAAUUACUUUUAUAAACCAUGGGCCCAAACACAAUGAAAUUACCUUUAAUCUCCAUAUGACAGGGAAUGGAAUGGUUUUACAUGCAUAAUUCAUGACCUCACUGAUGUAGGCAGCGGAACACUGGUAUGAUGUGCAGUACAAUGCACUCCUUCCUUCAUUUCGUGAAGUUAACGAACUGGACUGCAUGUUCUUGUUGUCUGUAAAUGACAAAGCUAAUCUGUUGCAUCUUUGUUGAUGUGUGAUGGUCACAUGACAAAGCACAGUGGUUUAUGGUAGAUGUCAAACGUCAUCCAAAAGAGUUUUAGGAUUAAGUGAACUCUUAGUGUUUGUGGUUAUCCAGUCCAAGUCAAUGAGAAUCAGUGGUGUUAAUCGUUACAUGUUCGUGCAUUUGAAAUACUGAAACACAAGGUGCAGCAGUUUCCUGCGUAUUGUUCUGAAGUUCACUUUUACCACAAUGCUUCCUGUGAAAGAAAUUCAACUUCGCAGAUUGAGUUUUACCGUAAAUUUGUUCACAAACAAAAAAUGCUAGAUUUUCAAAUGAGAUUGUAGACUGUAAUCAUUUCAGCUAUGAAAUAUCAACAUCCGUAUUCCAUCCAUGUAUUCAGUCCUGCAGAGAUGCACGCGUCAUUUACCUUGCAUUUAAUAACACUGUGUGUACAGUAAUGUUCCAGGCAGAGUAUGAAAAGAAAAUUGCAGCUGUCAUUUUGUAAUAGCUUCACAGUUACAAGCUCUGUAAGACACACCCAAGAGAGAGAGAGAGAGAGAGAGAGAGGACGAUCUACGCAAAAGAGGACAAUAGAAUGAGAUGAUCACGGGAAAUCAAAUGAAAAAAGAAGACUUGCUGGAUGUCAUUUGGCCUUUGUGGGGAUCAUACCCAAACAAUAAUUUGAGUAUUUCUAGAGCGCAGCUUUUUCGGCCACAAUGAAGUCAUACAUAGGCCUGUGGGAUAAGGAGUUUCACGCUCCACAAUUGUUAUACUUGAAAAGCUACAGACUGUCAGUAGAAGACAUGAUAUGAACAUACACAGCUAGAAUGCACAUAACACAGUGCAAAUGUAAAUAGAAACAUUGUAGUCAUGUGAAUGACUUGAAAUCCCUUUAAAUAGUUGUUCUUGAAUGUGCUGCAGACAUUUGCCUUGUCUUGCAGAUGAGACCUCAUAAUGUCCAUGAAGGGUUCAGGAGUUGUCCUUUAUUGCAUGUUCUGCACACGAAGCACAGUGGAGCCAAGAACUUGAGAGCAUUUCUAAGUGCCUGAAAUACUUCUCUCACACUCUUUCUUUCCAUUCAACCUAACUUCAUUUUACUCACUCCUUCCCGAACAUGAAAGCACAGCCUUUUACUGGCAAAUGUUCAUGCAUUUUGGAAUCCAAUCAUGUCCAGGAGGAUUUCUCAAUCCAUCCCACAGAAGAAUUACUCAAUGAAUUUGUUAUAUUUUAUGGCUCUGUAGUACUGAAAUUGACCAUCAUAUCAUAUCACAGCUAAACCUUCUUUCGUAACAUCAAAGCAGCUUUGUGAUGGUCUUUUUACCAGUAUUAUUUUCAGUAGGCAGACAUUACAAUGUCUGAUGUUUUGAAACGUGAUCAUAUUUAAGACCUGGAACUGACUUCCAUUAAUACAUUGUAAAGGCAUGUCAUAGAGUAAAGAAAAUAAA